UCAAAGCUCUACAUUCACUACAUGUACACUCAUCUGGUUUUAACCAAACCCACAAACUGGUCAAAUCUUUUUUGCAAAAUUGAAUCAACCGGAACACAAAAAUCAAACCGGACCAACCGUAAAAAAAAAAACUGAAUUCCUCGUUUGCUACAAAACACUCUUCUUAUCUUCUUCUCAUCGUCUUCACUCAUCUCUAAGUCUCUAACAGUUCUUUCUAUGAUCUCUAGUCCAAGCAACAAAAUGGAUUCAGAAGUCGCUUUCGAUAGAUCUCCGGCGUUUCGAGUCUACAAGAGUGGCCGCAUUGAGCGUCUCUUAGGAGAAACAACCGUCCCACCAUCUCUAACACCACAAAACGGCGUCGUCUCCAAAGAUGUCAUCUAUUCACCGGAGAAAAACCUUUUCCUCCGCAUCUACCUCCCGGAGAAAGUCUCGGACAUCACCGACAAAAAGCUCCCAAUUCUCAUCUACUUCCACGGUGGUGGUUUCAUCAUAGAAACAGCUUUUUCUCCAACUUACCACACUUUCCUCACAUCUGCCGUCGCCGCCGCUAAAUGUUUAGCGAUCUCAGUAGAUUAUCUCCGUGCACCGGAGUUUCCGAUUCCUAUUCCAUACGAAGAUUCAUGGGAUUCUCUCAAAUGGGUUUUAACUCAUAUCACCGGAACCGGACCGGAAACUUGGAUAAACAAACACGGCGAUUUCGGAAAAGUGUUUCUCGCCGGAGAUAGCGCCGGUGGAAACAUCGCACAUCAUCUUACGAUUCGAGCGAAAAGAGAGAAACUUGAAACUGUGAUCUCAGGGAUAAUCUUGAUUCAUCCAUAUUUUUGGGGGAAGACUCCAAUUGAUGAAUUUGAGGUUAGAGACGUGGGGAAGACGAAAGGUGUUGAAGGAAGUUGGAGAGUCGCAAGUCCGAAUAGCAAAGAAGGAGUUGAUGAUCCAUGGCUCAACGUUGUUGGAUCCAAAUCAUCGGAUCUAUCCGGAUUAGGUUGCGGGCGGGUUUUGGUACUGGUAGCCGGAGAUGACCUGUUUGUGAGACAAGGUUGGUGUUACGCGGCGAAGCUGAAGAAGAGUGGAUGGGAAGGUGAAGUUGAGGUAAUGGAGACUAAAAACGAAGGUCAUGUUUUUCAUUUGAAGAAUCCUAAUACUGAUAAUGCUCGUCAAGUCGUGAAGAAACUUGCAGAGUUUAUUAAUAAGUAAUAUUAAUGAGUACGUUUGUCGAAGGACAAGAGUUUAUAUAAUUAUGCUAUCGCAAUUAGGGUUAAAGACAGAGGAAUCAGUUAAAAUUUCAGUUACUUUUCUUUCAAGUAACUGAAAGAAAGAUGACUAAUUAGGUUCUCCUCAAAGUUUAAUCGUAUUGGGUUAUGCCGUUAUGGUAAAUAAUUGUUUUGGUUUGAAUAUACAGUAAGUUGUGCAAACUUAUAUACAUGUAAAUUUAUUUUUUUAGUUAGUUUUCCUA